AUGCGACGAUCAUUUUCAAUAGUUACUAACGAUUCUAUAUUACCUUUAUCAUUCAUACGUAUUUAUAUUGUAGGCAGUGGUCCAUCUGUUUUUUAUUUAACACAAAACUUAUUCACACAUUGUCACAGAAUGCCGGAAACAACUGAUAUUAUUGAAAGGUCACCUUUAUUUUUGGGUUGUGUUCGAUAUAUUGGUGAUGCACCUGAUCAUUCUGAAGUAAUAAAUCUUAUACAAAUAUUUACAACAAUAGCUGAACAUGAACAUGUGAAAGAACUACAAGAAUUUUAUCAUACUAUUUGCUUAUGGUUUACCUGUUCAACGUAG